UAAAGUUUAAUUUAAAAAGUAAACAAGUUUUGAGGCGAUUAGAAAAGUUUGUCCUGUAGUUACUUGAAUGAAAGUGGGAUUGUGGAGGGAGGGGAGAAGACAACAGGAGUUUCCAAACCCUUUUCUCCCUCCCAAACUCGACCAGUUGUCUCUGGAGGAAGCCUCCACUGCCAGCGCGCACUUCUCUGCCCCUUCCAUAAACACGCAGCCUAAGUCUAUUAGGGCAGGAUUUGAGUUAAAGAAGCGAUGUAGCGCGGAUUAACGGAUCUUAUCCUGGUCGACGCCAUGGCGAGCGCGUGAGGUUUUGGCGCGUGUCCUGUGAGGGAAGUGAGAACCGCGACCAUGGCGUCGGCGCAAGGGCUUCUCCACAGCGUCUUCUCCUGCUCGUCCCCGGCUUCCAGGGGCAUCACCAAGCGGCGACUACGCCAAACCCGGAGUUUAGACCCGGCUAUAAUCCGAAACUGCGACGCUGACUCUGAUUUAACGCGAGCUGAGUUUGAGAGCGCCAGGCUGUCCGAAGAGCCGGGUGCGUCCCAAAUCACCACGCAGCCGCACUCCAAGCUCACGACGCUCAAAUGGACGCAUCAGCUGCUGUCGCCAUCCCUCUCCACUCCCGCUACACCUCUCGACACGUCGCCGUCAUCGAGCUUUCACUUCGACUAUGACUUUAAAAGUGGGAAAAGGAACACGGCUUGGGAUUUGCCCUUCCUCGCCAGUUCAGGCACUUCGGGCACCUUCUUCUCCCCUAGAAAGUGGCUUCAGAGGAAAGCGCAGCAUACCACUGCUCACGAGUACGUCGUCUGGAGGUCUGAGGGUGAUUUCACGUGGAAUAGCCUGUCCGGGAGGAGUGUGCGUCUCAAACCGGUGCCCAUUCAGAGCCUGUCUGAGCUGGAGAGAGCCAGACUACAGGAGGUUGCCUUCAACCGCCUGCACCAGGACUAUGACCUGGGCUGCCAGAUCACCAUCCCUAAAGAUUGCCAGAAGAGGAAGAAGUCACUACGGAGGAAGCUGGACUCCUUAGCCAAGGAAAAGAACAAAGACAAAGAAAACGCACCGCAGGCGUUUGGCAUCUCCUUAUCACAGGUGAUCACUAAUGACCGAACCCUGCGUCAGCGUCAAGAGGGUCAGAGGGAGGAGCAGAGGGACCCGAGUGACCUGGUGUCCUCCAUCCUGCAGUUUGCCACACGACGACCUACCAAGGAGCUUUCCAGCAGCAACUCAUCACUCAGCUCCACCUCGGAGACAGCAAACGAGUCCACGUCAUCCAACACACCUGAAGCAGCACCCCGUGCUCGCAGGAGGGGCGGCAUGUCCGUGGACUCCAUCACGGAUUUGGACGACAACCAGUCACGUCUGCUGGAGGCGCUGCAGCUCUCGCUGCCGGCUGAGACAGCCAGCAAGAAGGAGAAGCAGCAGGACAAGAGGCUGAGUCUGAACCCCAUCUACAGGCAGGUGCCACGUGUGCUGGACAGCUGCUGCCAGCACCUUGAGAAGUAUGGUCUACAGACGGUGGGGAUCUUUAGAGUGGGCAGCUCAAAGAAAAGAGUGAGGCAGCUGCGGGAGGAGUUUGACCGCGGUGUGGACGUGCAGCUGGACGAGGAACACAGUGUCCAUGACGUGGCAGCGCUUUUGAAGGAAUUCCUCCGGGACAUGGCUGACCCACUGCUCACCAAAGAGCUCUACACAGCAUUCAUUAACACCACAUUGCUGGACCCAGAAGACCAGCAGUUAGUCACCCAGCUGCUUGUAUACCUGCUGCCGCCUUGUAACAGUGACACCCUGCAGCGGCUUUUGGAGUUUCUGCACAUCGUGGCUCAGCAUGCUCAAAAUGGAUAUGACAAAGAUGGACAGGAGGUUACAGGAAACAAGAUGACAUCAAUCAACUUGGCCACCAUCUUUGGGCCAAACCUGCUGCACAAGCAGAAGAGCUCAGAUAAAGAGUUCAGUGUGCAGAGCUCGGCCCGGGCCGAGGAGUCCACGGCCGUCAUCGCUGUGGUGCAAAGGAUGAUCGCCAGCUAUGAGGAGCUUUUCAUGGUGUCUGCAGACUUGCAGAACGAGGUGCUGAUGAGCUUGCUGGAGACGGAUCCUGACGUGGUGGACUACCUCUUACGACGCAAGGCCUCACAACGUCCCGAUUUGUUGAAUUCUGACGCAUCACUCUCCCUGAGUGAGUGCAGAUCGUCCAGCGACUCCAACAAGGCGUCCAGUGGUGAAGUCUCUCCCUAUGACAACAACUCGCCUGUGCUGUCUGAGAGGAGAGGGGGAGACCUGGUGAAAGAGAGUGAAGUCCAUUCUGGAAGAGUCCUCAGCACAGAGCGACUUUUCUGCGUCCCAGAACAGUACAGCCUGGUGGGACAAGUGACAGGACGCAGCAGAGACACUGUUUCAAAUAUCUGGUCCCCAACAAAGGAGGAGCAUGCCAACAUCUGGGGUGCGUGGCACACAACACUGAAGCCAGGACUGCAAGAACAAACCUAUUCAGGUUCCUGUGGCAACAUAUCAGAGGCAAGCUUCCGCAGCUCCAGGGAUGGAAUCGAUGAUCGGACCCAACCCACUGUAAGCAGAGCGGAUUUCGCACAAGACACCACAGUGACUCAUGCGUGCCUCAACCUGAACCUUAAACCCAAUGGUCAAUUUAAAUCCAGCAGCUCAGAGGACCUUCCAGUCAGCAGCAGCCACAGCACACCUAGCCCCACCCUUUACCCCAAGCCAACCAAUAGGAAUGAAGCACGUCCUCCUCCACCACCUUACAGACACUCAAGAUUAACACCUUCAGUAGUUUCGUCCAAUUCUGUCUUGUCACAGUCUCAGCAGCACCCCCAGCAGCUUGGGAAGACUGGCAACCAGAACUCAUCCUCACCAGCGGGCACACUGAUGCCCACAAGCUCAGAGUGGCAAGACUGGCAGAGAGACAGGUGGCACAUCUGGCAGCUGCUGUCUUCAGACAAUGCUGACACGCUACCCGAGACACUGGUGUGAUGCCAAGUUAAGCAAUUCAGUGUGUUUAUAUACAGAAGCCACUGCCUUAUGUGUGUUAUGUACAGACUGGUUUUGGGGCUAAGCUCCUGGUUAUACUCUAUAGGCAGUUGUGGCAGUAGGGUGGAGACGAGUUGCACUGUGGAAACCAAAAGAGGUGCAAGUAUACCUCCAGCUGAGGAAGAUUCCAGGCAGCAAACCACAGCUCACCAACUGACAGUGCAAUUGGUAUGGGAUUUGGUCCAUUCCAAAAAAAUGAAGUCCUCCCUCACAUUUGCUUGCUAGAUCCAUUUGGAAACCCAGUGUUGGGAUUCGUCGCAGUGGGUCAGAGCCCUUUCCUCACUUUCUGUCUUUAGCUCCACUUGGGAAGCCAGCAUUACAGGCUCUAAACCAAGUACCUUAAAUUCCCAAACAAACCUAAAGCUAAACUGUCAGAUCAUUGACACUUUUAUACGGACAAAUUGAAAAAUACACUAUACUCAAACUAUUGCAUAACUGCUGUGUAUUUCUGCUUACAGUUUUUUUCCUUUUUUUAAAAAAAAAACAACAAUUGUUCAAUUUUUGCACUGAAUCAUAUGACAUGAGGUAAAACUUACCUUUACAGGCUCAGCUCCUUUUUGUAUAUACACCAUAAGGAUAUUGCCAAAAAGCUGCUAAAUCAAAUGUAUACAAAAUUAUUUGUUCUUACCUCCAGCACAAUAAGGAUACCAGAACAGUGAAAUGCCAUUUUGUAUUAAUUAAGGACAUGUAAGCCUUUGAAUGAAUAACGCAUGAGUGGGAUUCUGUAGCAUUUCAAAACGGCCAUUAACAUUUGGGCCACAUGUUCCUCUCUGGCCCAAAUGCUACAAUAAUGUCUAAUUAGUGCGCUUACUAAAACAUCACAUCUCAAAUGUGAGAACACGUAGAACCCAUUCUAACAAGAUUUGUUGAACUGUUUUCCCAUAAUGCACUGCAAGAGUACGACAGUUUUAAUGGCAAGUUUACAAACAUCUGCUUGGAACAGCUGUGUAAUUAAAAAAAAUAAAGCAUAAACGUAUUUUUUAUAUUUUAAAUCUAAAUUCGUUUAACCCCUCACCCCCCGUCCCUUUGUCCUCUGCCUUAGUAGUGUGUGUUGACUUAUACGCUAACCGUUAAUUAUCCGACUGCCACACAGGCUGUUAGCUAGCUACUGAACAGUCUCCAAUGAUGCAACGUUAUGACUUUGUCCUUUCUAGCAACGUGUUUUCUAUGUACACUGUCCCAAACUAAAUCAUCUUUUAAGUUUCUGCAACAACUGUUACUAUCUAGAAGAAAUUCUCUAAGAAUUCUUCAGUCAAAUGCUUGCAUUUGGUAUCCACCUUUUAUUUCCACAGCACUUAAAAGAGGUACAUGUUCCUCAGAUAGAUUUGUUUUUAAACAUUCUAAAAAAACGACAAUCUGCUUCUCUGGAAUGAAUUGUGCCUUUGCUAUUACAAACCUGCCUAAGAGCAGAAAUACAUUUUGCAAAUUCAGCAGUAUGUUUGAAUACUAGUCAUAAACCUUUACAGGUUGAUUCCAGUUGCAUCUCAUGGCUCAGAAGGAGCAAAAGCUCUACACAAUUUAGAUAUGCUUUGGUAUCUCUUGCACCUUUACUCUUUUUUCACACUUCGUUUUAAUUAAAUUGUUACAAAAUGGUGUCAUGGUUCAUAAUCUCAAAAAAAAAAAAAAAAAAGCUAAUAGCACGAUAAUGUCUGUAAAAUAGAAUUAGGACCUCGAAUUGAUUACAUUAUAUUACAUCAAUUGUUUGAUUAUAAAUCACAACUUUCACAAUAGCAAACUCACUAGAAUUCACUAAUGUGAAAACGCCUGGUCCAUCGUUCAGUGUGAUGGAGGAGAGAAUGGGAUUAGCAGUCGCUGUUGUUUUAUUAUUAUUUUUUACCGUUCCAUUCAUAUUUAAUCUAACAAAAUCUAAACCACUCAUACUAAUCAGAAUUCCUAUGAAUUCCACAGACCAACAUUUACCUCUGGAAACCUUAGCACCAUUACAUGUCAUCCGUGUGAAAUUCAUUUGCUACUCCGUAUAUUUACACAUAUUUCAGCCAGGAUGAAAACCUGAGCUGCUUUUAAAUUCCCUACUCAUUUUUUUCCCUUUAGAUCUUUCAUUAUUUUUCUGUGUGUACAGUCUUUUAUCAGUCAAUAUUAAAGCACACUGUCCAUUACUGUAUAUUGUGAGCAAGUGCAGUUUCUUGGUAGAGUGAAAUGAGCAUUAUUUAUUUGUAUUGAUCCAUUUUGCACAUUGUACUGUCAUCACACCUCUUUUUCCCCUUUGGACCUUACAAACAUUGUUGAUGCUCAGCAGAUAAAGCUAAACAGAACAAAGUAGUAUCCAGAUAGAGACAUACUUACUUAAAUCACCCGUGUUUGCAAAAAUCCCAAAGAAAAAAAAAGUUAGCAUGGGUUAGGAUAACAGCUUCAAAAAUUUAAACCAGUUACUUCGAUCAGCUCAACACAGCUCCCCUUUUGAUGCUAAACAUCAUUCUUAUUACCUUACAUAAAUUUUCCCUACAGUCUCAUGAUUGGCAACUCAGAUGCAGAUAAUCAUAGCAUUUCUUAUCAUUUUGUUCAUAUUUAGAUUUGAGUUAAGCACAAUGGUGUUCAGAUCUCAGACGUAACCACGAAGUUAAGUGCUAUUCGGAGAGUUGCGCACGAUUUGCCUAAAACAGUCAUGCCACGUUUAUACACAAUUCCGACCUUAUUUUCAUUUUCCUUGCGCAAUAUCAGCUGUAAGAAUCAGGCAACUUCAUAAACUACACGCAUGUAAUUUUAAUUAUCAGCAUGUGGAGCCCAGAAAAUCAGCUUAAGCAGCUUCAUAACCCGACUCUGAAUAUGAGUCAUUUCCACCAUGUAGAAAUAGAGUAUAGAUUGACAUAACUUUUAGAUUUAAGUCACCAUCUCUGAAUCUGGUCUAUGAAUUGUUUCUAUAAAUCUAGCCUAUGAAUUGAUCUUAGUACUAACACGCACCUCUCUGUCAGAUUUCAUAAUUUUUCUUUCCAUUUAAUUUCAUAAGUUAUUUAAUUCAAAGUCUACUUACCUUUUAAUUUUCAUUGUUCUGGACAAAUUUACCAGCAAAUAUUGCAUUCUAGGCUUCUACAUAUAUAUUUUCUAAUCCGUUUGGGCGAAACAGUUGUUGCUAUUUGAGAGAAAAGGUUCCAAAGAUGCUGCCAAGUGUUUUGAAGGUAGACUUUACACCAUAUUUUUAUUUUUUUCACAAGAUAAACGCAAAUUCAGAAUUUUAGUCACCACACUUUGCCUUUGUACAACAGAGCUAUCAUGCUGAUUUGAUUUGUGAGCUUUACUAAUAGCAUUGUCAUUAUGGGAGAAAUCUUAAUUUGUGUUUUUAAAAUUGGUAAGUAAUUAUGUCAUGAUUUUGUAAUCCAUGACCCAAAUAUAAGGUAUAUGUUAUUAUUUCAAUAUUAGGAUUGUAAUAAGGAAUCAUUUGUACUUCACGCAGAAAAUGCUUUUUGUAUGGUCGGACAUUUGCUGUGAAGCUUGCUUUGGUAUUUUAUGUACUUUUUUUAUUUGUCUUUUUCAUUUUUGUUUUUUUUUUUCAGCAAGUCUCAUAAAGAAUAAAUGAGAAAGCAAGUUUUGA